UUCACUCAGUUGGUCCCAGUUGUCAUCGCGUUGUCCUUUAAACUCCACCUUCAAUCAAGAUGUCUGCUCUCAGUAGCGCCAGCGAGAUUGCCACUCUUCGUGAUGCUCAAUUUGCUGCCAUUGUCUCCAUGCUCAACUUGAACAAAGGAUCUGAUCAAUACACAAUAUCAACCGACAAAAAUAAUUCUAACGACGAAAUAAUAUGGAAGGUUUUGAUAUUUGAUCAGUUCGGACAAGACGUAAUAUCCUCGGUCAUGCGGGUCAACGACUUAAGAGACAACGGCGUUACUGUACACAUGCAAUUAAGUAAGGAUCGAUCAGCACUUGCCGACGUUCCAGCCAUUUACUUUGUCGAACCAACUUCCGAGAAUGUGAAGCGAAUUUGUGAUGACAUGAAGAAGGAUUUGUACGAUUCCUAUUACAUCAACUUUGCUUCUAGUGUCUCUCGUAACAUUUUGGAGGAGUUUGCCGCAACUACCAUUGCCACAAAUACUGCUAGUUCAGUAGCUCAAGUUUAUGAUCAAUAUCUGAACUUUGUGUGCACCGACCCAAAUGUCUUUUCAUUACAUCAACCACGUGCGUUUGUCACCCUUAACGACCAUUCAGCUGCCGAGAGUGCCAUCGAAACCACCAUCGACUCAAUAGCCACAUCACUCUUCUCAGUCCUUGUUACAAUGGGAGUUGUUCCCAUUAUCAAAUGUCCAAGAGGAAAUGCAGCCGAAAUGGUAGCUAGAAAGCUGGAUUCCAAACUCCGGGAUCAUGUCAUGAAUUCUAGGAACAACCUUUUUGCAGAUAGCAAUGCAGCUAGUGUACAACGACCAGUUCUUAUAUUACUGGACAGAAGUUUGGAUCUUGUACCUAUGCUCAGUCAUUCAUGGACGUAUCAAGCACUCAUUCAUGAUGUACUUGAUUUGAGACUUAACCGCAUCAUUGUUGAGUCUGAGGACCAUAAUCCAAAAAACAAAAAGACAUACGACAUCGAAGCCAAGGAUUUCUUCUGGAAUAAGAACGCCUCGAACCCAUUCCCACAAGUUGCUGAGGACAUUGAUGUGGAGUUGAAUAAAUACAAAAAGGACGCAGCAGAGAUCACACGGAUGAGCGGAGUCAGUUCACUAGAUGAUAUGAAUCAAGCUGAUUUCUCUUCCAAUGCCAAAUACCUCAAAUCAGCCAUUACUGCCCUUCCCGAGCUUACAGCGCGAAAGGCAACAUUGGAUAUGCAUAUGAACAUAGCUACUUACUUGCUCAACGGUAUCAAGGAUCGGCAACUGGAUUCCUUUUUCCAAGUAGAAGAAGUUAUUGCUAAGCAGAACAAGACGAUGCUGCUUGAAAUGAUUAAUGAUCCCGAAAAGAAGGAUCCUACGGAUAAACUACGACUAUUUUUGAUAUACUACUUGACUAUCACUGAAGAGAUACCAAAGGACGAUAUGGCGGAUUAUGAAAAGGCAUUGGCAGCAGCCGGCUGUCAGUUGGAAGCUCUCAACUACAUCAAGAAGGUUCGAGCGUUUAUGAGAAUGACAUCUGUAGCGGCGUCAACUGCUCCUCAAUCUGGCUACCAGAGCGAACUCUUCCGAGGUUUUAGCAGCAUUGGCAACAAACUUUCGGACAGACUUAAGGAAGGUGGCCUCGGUGGUGGUUUUGAAAACCUGCUGUCAGGGGUCAAGAACCUCCUGCCUUCACGCAAGGAACUCAUUAUUAGCAAGGUCGUUUCCAACAUUAUAUCACCUAUCAACGAAGUGUCCGAAGUGGAUGAUUAUUUGCAAUUCGAUCCAAAAUUAAGGCAAAAUGCGAAACCUUCACGACACAAAGUAGCUUAUCAAGAAGCUAUUGUAUUCGUCAUUGGUGGUGGCAAUUAUAUUGAAUACCAGAACUUGCAGGAAGUUGCAUCGCGUAACAAUCUGCAAAAGAAAAUUACUUAUGGUUCAACUGAUAUCCUCUCCCCCUCUGAAUUCCUUGAACAAUUGCAAUCAUUGGGAACUGAAUAAAUUGAUCGAGAGCAGUCGAUCAGGAACGGUGUAAUAGGAAUAUGCUUAGAAGUACAGUGAUGCGAUACUUU